AUGAGGUUGACCCUUGUCGGCGCUCUGAUUGGAGUAUGGGCAAGCCAUGCGGCCGCGGAAACACUGGUUAUUCGCGACGUGGUAACCAAUCUUCCGGCCGGUUGGAGGUUUGAGAAGCCAGCAAAGGCAGAAGAGCCGAUGCAGUUGUCAAUCGCACUCAAGCAGCCAAGAAUUAAUGAACUAAAAACCCGUCUCAAUCGUAUUAGCGAUCCGCGACAUGCUGAAUACGGACACCAUCUCACGCGGGAUGAGGUGAAAGAUUAUCAAGCACCCGACAGGAAGACGUUGGAUUUGGUCCACUCAUGGCUCAGGUCGAACAGAAUUACAAACAUAACCAACGAAGGCUCAAUGGUGAAAUUUACUUCAACUGCUGCGGAAGUUAAUAGGAUUCUUCGUACCAACCUAGGAUAUUAUUCUUUCCAGGACUCUUCGCCAUUCAUACGUACUCAAUCAUAUGCGCUGCCUCGAAUACUUGACGGAAAUAUCGAGUUUAUAUAUCCAAUCUCGAACUUCAUGCCACCACCUCAAUCUAGGCUCAAGCACCGCCCUUCCCAAAAAGCAGCCUUCAAGGCGAGCGACGACGACCAGCCUUGCCUAUCGGGCGUCACUCCGGCAUGCCUCAAAAAGCUUUAUAAUGUGACAUAUGCCGAUACUAAGACGCCCAUAGAGUCACCUGUCCGAAUCGGAAUAGCUGGCUUCCUCGAGCAGUGGAUCAAAUAUGACGACGUUUCCGAAUUCCUUGGAAGAUACUCGCCGGAACUCGAACCGCUGAAUUAUAACUUCACGGUGGUUACGUUAAAUAAUGGCACGAAUCCUCAGCCUAAUGCACCAGAAUCGAGAGCGGGGUUAGAGGCUAGUUUAGAUGUAGAGUACGCCAUGGCCCUUGCCUAUCCGGCGAAUGUGAUCUACUAUUCAACAGGAGGACGAGGCGAGAAAGUUGAUCGCGAGGGAGAGUUGAUGCCGUCAAAUAGGAGCGACAACGAGCCAUAUCUCGAGUUUUUCCAAUAUCUUCUUGAUCUCAAAGAUGAAGAAAUACCCCACGUAAUAAGUAUCUCAUACGCUGAUGAUGAGCAAUCGGUGCCGGCUCCAUAUGCUGCUCGCGUAUGUGACCUUCUUGCUCUUGUUGCAGCUCGCGGUAUUACAGUCCUCUCUGGUUCCGGUGACGGCGGCGCUGGCGGCAUAGGGCAGAAUCAGUGUUACAGUAACGAUGGCCGAAGGCGCAAGAUAUUCCUUCCCACAUUCCCAGCCAGUUGCCCGUACGUCACGGCUGUAGGCGCAACAGGAAAUACUCUACCUUUAGAGGGAGCCGACUUUAGUACUGGUGGUUUUAGCAAUUACUUCGCCAGACCGGAGUGGCAGAAGAGCGUCGUGGACGAGUACAUAUCUACCCUCAACGGAUCACACAGAGGUCUAUACAACGCAUCCGGACGGGCGUUCCCUGACAUUAGUGCUACUGGCACGAAUUACGUUAUCCAAGUAGGCGGCUACCAGACCGACGUACUUGGAACGAGUGCCAGCACACCAGUCGUAGCCGCUUUAGUGGCGUUGAUCAAUGAUUCGAGGUUGAAGGCGGGGAAGAAUAGCACAGGAUGGCUAAAUCCAGCGCUGUAUUCGCAGCCUGUUAGGGAAGCGCUACAAGACAUCACGACGGGUGUCAGCCAGAACUGUGUAUUUGACGAUGCUAAAGAGCCUGGAUGGAAGAGCGUAAAGGGGUACGACUGCGUAACUGGACUCGGCUCUGUGGCAUUCAGCAUGACGAUACUCCAGGUCACACCUACUUCUUCGGAAUUGCUCCAAGACGUUGCCAACUCGCUGGGGAAAGCGAGAAAGGUUGUUAUAAUCACAGGUGCUGGGAUAAGUACCAAUUCCGGCAUCCCAGACUUCCGCUCAGAAAAUGGGCUUUAUUCGCUCAUCCAGGCCCAAUUUGAACGGGCGGAGGCCGGUCAUAGUAAAGAUAACGAAGGACAGACUGUCGACUUUGCUAUAAGCGAACGCCCGACCAAAAGAAGAAGAAUUUCACAUACGAAUGAAAGGAUAGCAGAACAACAUAAACCCACGAAAGCGACGGACGGCUCUGAUAGUCAGAAAGCCCAGGAUGGGGCGAAUAUAUUAGUCGGCGGCACUGACGAGGACACGGUAAUACUUGUUCGAUCUACGAGAGAUACCCUUGUAAAACAAGAAGCAGUAGCUUCUGGAAUAUCCUUACAGCGACUUACCAGGUCGCAGUCAGGACUGCGGCCACCAUUACCUCGACACGCCUCGCAAUAUUCCGUUCAAUCUUCUACAUCCCAGGAGUCGUUAUUCUCAGGCUCCCGACUUUCAAGAACCUCAGCGGUUCUGGGCAAGGUAUUUAGCUCGUCUCCCCUCUCUUCGCCACCGCCUGUUUUAUUCGACCCCUACGAAAACGCGAACUCGUCUACGGAGGGUAGUUCACGAGAGAGCGCGGAAAGUUCCGAGGCAUCCGACUUGGAAGACACACAAAAUUCUUUAGAUCUCUUGUCUUCACAGACCUCUAAUUCGAGCCUACGUAAUAUGAAAGGACGAGAUUUGUUCGACUGUAAUAUAUGGGCAGAUCCACUGAAGACAUCCGUAUUCUAUCGCUUUGCUACUACACUAAGGCAAAAGGUAAAGGAAGUUGAACCAACCACAACUCACCGCUUUAUCGCGCAACUACGUGAUGUUGGAAAACUUGCGAGGGUAUAUACUCAGAAUAUCGACGAAAUCGAGAAGAAGAUUGGCCUUUCUACGGACUUGAAGAGCGGCGCAGGCAAUAAAAGGAGGAAGUCUGCUAAACAACAACUGGCAGAUUUAGAAAAGGAUUCCAAGGAGAAUUUGGAAGCAUCAAAGGACGAAGAUGAGCCUAACGUGGAUGUUGGACAAGCCUCACAAGGCUCUGAGACUUCCGGACGAAACAUUACCCGUUCAAUCUUAGCUCAAGAUAAGGGUGUUGAAUGUGUGUUCCUUCAUGGCUCUCUACAUGCCCUUCGCUGCUUUGUUUGCGGGAAACUCUGUGAUUGGGAUGAAGAUGGACGGGAAUCCUGUACGAUGUCGGGCGAACAGCCCGAAUGCCCCCACUGCGCGGGAGCAACUGCUGCGCGCCAGGAAAAGGGGAAGAGAGCCUUAGGCAUCGGCAAGCUUAGGCCAGACAUAGUCCUCUAUGGAGAAGAGCAUCCGCAGUCCGAUCUCAUAUCCCCCAUAGUUCAGCACGACCUUUCCGUCGGACCGGACCUCCUCCUAAUAUUAGGAACUAGCCUUAAGGUCCACGGUUUGAAGGUGAUGGUCAAGGAAUUUGCUAAAGCUGUGCAUAACAAAGGAGGCAAAGUCAUAUUCAUUAACCUGACGAGGCCGUCUGAUAGUGCUUGGGGCGAUAUCAUAGAUUACUGGAUUGAGUGGGAUUGUGAUGCUUGGGUUGACGACUUAAAAGAUAGGAAGCCGCACCUUUGGCUAUCCCCCGAUGAGAUUUUAGAAUCCGAAAAGCAAAGGCGCGAGGCUUUAGCCGAAAAGAAGAGGGAGACUAUAUCCAAGAAGCGAGAAAGCCUGGGCGAGAAGAGACGACACACGAUCGAAUUUGCCAAACCUCGGCCGCCACCUAAAAAUCCCUCUUCCAUGAGAAAUGAUUACCAGUGUGGAGCAUACGUGGUUUGGGAGAUAUUUCAAACUCUCGCCAAGAUUGGUGACCGUCCUUUUGACAAUCUCGGAUACACACUCCCUUGUCGACCUCCGCCGGCUGUCCCGCCUCCUAUUCCCAGCCACCCUACUCCGGUAUCUCAGACUAUCGUCCCGACUACCAAAUCAAGGAAACCAAGGAAAUCGGCACCGGCGGCCCUCGUCUCUUCAACGACCAAUGCAGGGGGAGACCCGGAGAUCAAAUUUGGGCCUGCUAACAAAGGUACGUUCUUAGCUAAUUGCAAUAGCCGGAAACAAUACGAAAAGGCCGCCCAAGAGCUCGCACGCUCUGGUAAAUCUCCGACCCCGAUUAGGCUAGCAGAAUUAAAUCGUAGCGCAACGCCUCAUAGAAAGAGUGCGACGCCUCCUCCGUAUGAGCCGCUCAGUUCCAUUACUGCUGCUGUUAAAAUUAAUCCCCGCCGGAGGAAACGAAAGAUGAUUGAGGGAAUCCCGGUUGGUGGAACAGUUUCUCGAACUAAGAAACCUGCACCUCCACGUUCUACACCAGGCCAUAACCUUAAAGGAGCAAAUGGCACCGAAAAUGGGUUGUCUCCUUCAACAAACUGUAGGGCGCUUCCUUCUAAAGGACCAGUUUUACCUCCUUUCCACCCUGGGUGGGAGCGUUCGCCUCCCGCGAGGAUCAAACCUCUGGAGCCGAGUUUAAACGUAUCACCACCGAGUCCACUAUCUGACCUACCACCAAUAGCGCGACCCCGGAUUUUUGCCAUACGCCAGGCGACGUAUCCCAUGCUGUUUAGCAAUCCACUUAACAAGUUACGAUACGAGACGACAAAUUACAGAAGGCCACCCAAGGAAUCUAGUGUAGGUGCUUACGACAAACCGCCUAGCCCUUCAGACCAACUCCGAUGGGAAUUGGCCCAACAGGAAGCCCUCGAGGGAGCCCAGGUACUUGAAGGACUAAAAUAUUCGAGAUGA